GCCAGCAGCAGCCACAGCGGAGUUUUCAUGCAGCACUGGGAGCAUGCUGGUCUCACUUGCCCUGCAAGGAGCCUCAGUUGUGGGAAGAUGUGGGUCUAGUGUUCAGAAUUUCAGGAGCUUUCUGGAUUCCCCACCGCCCUGUGUUCCUUGGGGAAGGGCAAUCAAAAGACAGAAACAGAAAGUUGUUGCUGGCUUUUGACAUGAUCAGCCUUUCUUUGCCCCGUGGAUUGUGCCUGGAUUUCGGCAACUAGCUUCAGGGUCCCUGUCAUCCUGAGCAAAAGAGAAUCACAGGACGAAUCCUUCAACUAAGUAAGUCCCACUGAGGAAAACCCAGUUGCUGUUUGUGCAGCUUCAGCAAUACAACGCAGAUUUUCCCAGGGACAGCGCCAGCUCCAAAUAAACACACACUUGGACACAGAGCUUUAAAUCCCAGACCUCACCUUUCCAUAGAAAUACAUCCCAAAAGGAAGUCUGGAUGAGCCCUGAGUGUGGAUGGAAUCACAGGAGAUCCCUGAGACCACUUGGAAUGUGAGCCUAGACCUGUUCAGAUUAAUGUUGCUUGUUCUGCUGUAAUGAGGCAACUUCUGAUUGGAUCCAAAAAAAUUACCAAGAUUUGGGCACCCCACAAAUACAGGCAUCUCCCCGCUUAUGUCGGGGUUACAUUCUGGGCCCCUGCACACAUAAGUGAAAUUGUGUAAAGUGGGGAGCACCCUCUAACAAGCCUCUAAAUGCCUGUUUUCUCCUGCUCUCCAGCUCUCUCUCCUCACAACUCUCUCCUUAACUAGAGUUGAAGUUUUGGGGCUCACUGCAGAAAAGUGGCUGCUGCUGCUGCGCUACCCUGUUCAUCAGCUCCUAGGCAGGGAGGCCGAGGAGCCUAAACAAACCCCACUGUGCCUCUGGUCUCUUUGGGACUUCCUCUGACGUCACUGAUGGAGGCUGUGAGGAGGGACUCCUUGUGAACCACGAGGACUCUCCAGCUCUCUCCCGCAAUUUCCUGAUUCUCCAAGGGUGCCAGGUAGCCUUUCUCUCUCUGGGACUAACGACAGACAUGGCAGGUGGGGAGACCUCCAGGCGCUGGGAGGCCGAGAGGCAGGAUGUCAAGAGGGCAGAGGCCAGGCUCAUUCGUGGACUGCAGCAUUUAGAAGAAGCCCGUCUCUCCUAUUUGAAUUCAAUGAUGAAGGAACAGCGGAGACUCCAGCAGGAGCUCAUGAGAAUGCAGAAGAGUCGCUCCAAGCAGAAGCUUUCUGUGGGCCCUGGACACAGAAGCAUAAAACUGGCUCUUCCACUCCUGUCCCCUCGGGCAGGACAGGAUUACAGCAGAUUCCAAGAUGCAGCACAGCGAUCCAAGAGGAAAACACUGCCCAAGGCAGGAGGCUUUCCAGGGACAAGCCAGCCUUCCUUGUAUCUACAGAAGCCUGAUGGUGAUGUCGCAAGAAAUGAAGAGGACAGAAAAGGGCACUUGCCCCCCUUGAAUGUCAAAGGCCAAAACACCAUUGCUGACAGGGACAUAGCCACCCUCGAGGACUCCAUUGCCAAGCAGCUGUGCAUCUCAUCAGAGGCUGGCGAGGGAGAGGAAGCAGAUGGAAUAGAGGGCCAAGGGAAAGGGCCUGCAGAGAAAGAGACCAGAACUGCUGGAGCCCAAGGCACUGCUGCCACAAAGCCCGUGACUCUCCGAGGGAAGCGACGGCCUUCCCUUGGGCAUGAGGGGCUCAUCAUGGAUCCAGAGGCCUAUGCAGCAGAUGGACGUCUCAGGACCAUGUACGCCAGGCCAGAUUUCCUAAAGUCUUAUGCGGAAGCUAGGAAAGCCCGCUACAUUCGCCACCACAAGAACGCUCCUGCCUGGGAAAAGGAACUGAGUCUCCAGGAGAUAUUUGGACACAAAAAGACCAUGCAGCAUUCACCACAGGGGCAGGCUGUGAUGAAACCAUAGCCCUGAGUGCACGGGGGUUUUGCCGAGUAAAGGAUGCCAUGAGCCUCCAAAAUAAAGGAAAAAAUACUUCUGUACAACAGAUCAUGGUAUUCAAGAUCACCAUUAGCUCAAAGCAGGCUUGCACACCCUGAAAUAGCACACCAAGCCAGUUGUUCCCUGGACUCUUCCAUAUCUAUAUAAAACCAGGGCCGGCUCUAGGUAGACCCCUGGUGCCGCAGUGCACCAGGGCGCCGGGCCAGUAGGCAGGGCGCCACACAGCAAAGCCGCGCGGAAACCAUGCUAUGCCCUGCGAGGGCGCCGGAGCGAUCUCCGCCCCUCAGCUCCAGGGCGCGCGACCUACUCGAGACUGCCCUGUAUGAAACCAUGGGCUUUGGACUCGGGCAGGGGGUUCUCAGCAUGCUGAUGGCACAUAACUCUGUUUUUAUGCAACAUAUUAACCAGUUGCCAAGUUCUUGGUCAGUUUGGUUGGGUGAAAGUGGAAAGUUUCUUGAGACUGUAUUCUGAUCUGUUUUGCAGGUUCACGUGCUCAGGAGGUGCCCAGCACCUUCAUUAUACACCUGAAAAUGUUCCUCUUCAACCAGGGCUUUGGCUUACAGCAUCCUAUAUCCACUUAAAUAUGUUUCUGGGAGUGGGGAA